AUGUUUACCUGCUCUGGUUGCGGCCUUCAACACUCUGACGGUCCUGUUUGCAGUUUAUGUAAGAAUCGGUACGACUUCGGUUGUGCUGGAGUUACUGAGACCGGGUUUCGGAAGCUUGGUGACAGGAAGAACAACUGGCGCUGUCCGAAGUGCAAGGCGGGCCCACCACUUUCGCCGACUCCUAACUCACCAGCGAUUAGUCAGAUGGAUAGUGUGCUAGAACAGCUGAGCCAUAUUAAUCUACGGUUGGCUCCAUUGGCGUCGCUGAUGGAAGACAUCAAAUCCAUCAAGUCGGAUGUCAUUAGUCUAAAGUCGUCGUUAGAAAUGGCACAUGAGUUAAUAGAUAAAUUUUCGAGUACUGUUAAAUCCCUGGAAUCGAGGAUAGCUAAAGCGGAGGAGAUGGCGAAUGACGUAUCAGGGCUGCGUGCGGAAAUAACCAAGUUAAACCAGGAACUUGACAUCAGGGACCAGUGGGCUAGAUCCAACAAUAUUGAAAUCAGGGGAAUACCACAAAAAAAUAAUGAAGACCUCUAUGAUUUAACUCAGAAAAUUGGCAACAUGUGUAAUUUUCCUGUAAAAAAAAGAAGAUAUAAAUUAUAUAGCCAGAGUGCCCACUCGUGUACCGAAUGUUGA